AUGUGUGUUUGUUCCCGAGAACGACGUGCUGUCCCGGCUUCACAAAGAAGGCAGAUGCCAAAACCAAAACGUUUUUCUGUGGACCACUCCCAGUGGUGCCUGCGUUCAAUCCCGAGCAGACCACUUGUUGCGAUCCAGAGAAGAAAGGGCUUUGGAACGAAUGGACAGAAUGGUCGACCUGUUCUGCUGAUUGCGGCCUCUGUGGUACUCAGGCGCGUAAUCGUACCUGUGCCUCAGCUCCAUACGGUUGUCCAUGCACGGGGAGCACUACCGAAUCGAGAGAUUGCGGACAGGCGGCUUGCACAACUGCUCCUGCAUGCUGUAAGGGCUAUCCGGCAGUAG